UCUAACGCGAACGGGUAAACUUUGAUCACGGUCUGGGCUUCCUUGUCCUCGUACCGUUUGUCGGCGUCCAUUUUUUUUUGUCGGGGGACGUCAAAACUGACACUGACUUUCGUCGAAAUUGCCCGUGGUACGUAUGGAUUCGAAAAAACACCCGACGAACGUCGCGGACGAAGCGAGCGAUUCGGAGGACGAGAUAUCUAUAGCGGAAUCGUUCAAGGGGUCGACAAGCGACCGCGCGGCGACGGGCGCCGCCCUCCAUCGACCGUCCUUACCCAAGGAAACCGUCGGAGACGACGCGACCAACAAACGCUGCAAUCAUAUAUCGUGCGAAUGCGACCGGCCGGGGGUGGCGGGGGCCGCCGUACCCGUUGUCGUGUCCUUCGUCGAUCCCGAAGCUCCGAGUGGUGCGGCCGUCUCGAAACCUAGAGCUUUUUUCAAGAAAAUAUUCGCCGAUAGGGGGCGUAAAAACGAUACGUUGCGGCGGCGCCUUCUCGAAGACUUUUCGAAAAGUGUGGCUUCCGUGAAACACGCCGCGGCCGCGCUGUCGGAGACCGAACCCUUCGAGUCGCAAACGGAAGCAAUACGGGAUCUGUUCGAGUUUCUGCAGUACGUCGUUGCGUAUCCGUUCGCCAGAUGUCACCCGACCGCAACCGAGCUCCGAACGCGUCAACGUAAAGCCUGACAGACACGACACUUUGCAGCGUCUGUCGUUGUUAAAUGGCUAAAGUUAAUGUGACAUAAUAAAUUAGGGACUUGUUUUUAAUUUUCUUGGUUUCAUUUCGUUAUAUUUUCACUUUUAAGAGUCGCCGGGAAAAUUAUAUCCGCCGAAUUUCUUCCAGUUUCGUGCGUCGUGUGUGCCGUGCUUUACCUGCGAGUUUCCAAAUCGACGUUCUCUCUGCGCUUCAGUGGUCUCCGAACGCGCGUUCCAACCGCCUCGCUUUGUCUGUGCCUGUGUUGU